GAGUAGAAAUCCAAAAUUCCAAUUUUUUCACUUUCCCGCUUUGUGUGUCUCUUUUUCCCUCUGAAUCGCUGCUAUAAAAUAUUUCACUUGCCGCUUUCAGUUCGCGGUCGUACUGUCUUCUUUCGUUUCUCGUCGUCGCAGUCUCAGAGAGCGACGGAGCCAGUUGCGUCGCGUUCGGAAUCGGAGUCGGAGUCAGAGUCAGAGUCCGAAUCGUCCAAGUGGAAAUUUUGCCCUAUUUGUGGGAUGUGAAUACAGAGAGUUUCACAACCUUUCUAUGUGUUUGUGUGGUGUUAUUGAGAAAAGCCUUUUGAUAUCGAUUCACUACACACUUACACUAAUCAGUAAUCACCCAUGGAGUGCAACAAGGAGGAGGCUGAGAAGGCUAAGCAAAUUGCUGAGAGCAGAAUGCAAAGAGGUGAAUUUGUGGAGGCACUGAAAUUUGCUCUCAAGGCCAAAAGGAUGUAUGCUGAACUUGAAAACAUUGCUCAGAUCCUUACUAUCUGUGAGGUUCACAAUGCUGCACAGAAGAAACUCUCUGCGGCUGUCAUGGACUGGUAUGGGAUUCUUCAGACGGAAAGAUUGGCUGAUGAAGCGGCAAUAAAGAAACAGUACCGGAAGCUUGCGCUGCUGCUGCAUCCUGAUAAAAACAAGUUCCCUGGUGCAGAAACUGCUUUCAAGUUCAUUGGGGAGGCCUAUAGGGUAUUGAGUGACCCAGCCAAAAAAGCUUCACAUGACAUUAAGUAUGGAGUCUUUGUGAAUCUUGCAGCACCUAAGGCUCAGACCUCAUCCCAUCACUCAAAUGGGAAUGUAUCAGCAGCAAAUCAUCAGAAGGGUUCUUAUCCAAAUUCCAAUUGUUGGAAUCCCCAUCAGUUGCCGCAGACAUUCUGGGCAUUUUGCAAACAUUGUAAAGCUAAGUUCCAAUACUUCCCUAAACUCUUAAAUGCAGCCUGGCUCUGUACGAACUGUUUGAAAUCCUUUGCAGCUCCAACGCAGUGUCCACCAAAACCAGCCUCGGAAAGUAAAGUUGGAAAACCAUGCGCUAGUGGAGUUGGUGCCCAAUUUAAAGGUGAAAAGUGUAAAGGGAUGAAGUCACAGACCACAGCAAAUGCUGGAAGCAAGAGAAUGAGGCAGUCAGCCCAAGUUUCAAGAGAAAGUUUCAACGCUGGGAAUGGUGAUGGUAAGAAAGAUGCCAAUGUUGGAGAAAAUGAUGUUGACCCUUCAAGACUGAAUGUUAGGAGAUCUUCCAGGCAAAAGCAACAUGUUUCAUAUGUGGAAUCCCCUGAAGCUGGCAAAUUUCGGAGUCCUUCCAAAAAGCCACGACAAAACGGAUCAUUUGACACCAAUGAAACUGAGAAAGAGAACGUGCCUACUGAUGACAAUAAUGGAGCUGGUUAUGCUGCUGGUGUAGUUGAUCAGAACAAAGAGGUGGGAAAUAAAAUAAGUAGCCCACCGGAUGAAACAUCUUUAAGAAACAAAAGCAAAUCUGAGCAAUCUCAAGGAGAGAAAGUAUUGGAGUCUGAUCUUGAUGUUAGAAGUUCAAAAGAUGACAACUGCUCUCAAUUGAAUCCUGUGACCAUUCCUGAUACAGAUUUCAAUGAUUUUGAUAAGGAUAAGGAAGAAGAUUGUUUUGCUGUUAAUCAAUUCUGGGCAAUUUAUGAUAGCACUGAUGGCAUGCCAAGAUUUUAUGCUCUUGUGAGGAAAGUGGCCACCCCUUUUAAGUUGAAGAUUUCUUGGUUGGAACCUGACCCAGAUGAUGAAGGUGAGAUAGAUUGGCAUGAUGCAGAAUUGCCUAUUGCUUGUGGUAAGUUCAAACUUGGUGGUUCUGAGACUGUAACAGAUCGUACUAUGUUCUCUCAUCAGAUACAGUGCAUGAAAAGAAGUUCCAAAGGUUCUUAUUAUAUGGUAUAUCCCAAGAAGGGAGAAACUUGGGCACUUUUCAGAGAUUGGGAUAUCAAAUGGAGUGCUACUCCAGAAAAUUAUUUGAAGAAUGAGAUUGAAUGUGUUGAAAUCCUAUCAGAUUUUACUGAGAAUGUUGGUAUUGAAGUUGCUCACCUAGUCAAAGUAAACGGGUUUGUUAGUCUCUUUCAGAAAACUGAGAAGAAUGGAGUCAGUAUAUCUUGUGUUGGACCUAAUGAGCUCUACAGGUUCUCACACCGUAUUCCUUCAUAUAAGACGACAGGUAAUGAAAGGGAAGGUGUUCCAAGAGGAUGUUUUGAACUUGACACUGCUGCAUUGCCUACUUACUUCUUUGUCGUUGGUGAUUCUGAAGAUGCUGAAAGGGAUCCUCAAUCUUGGAAACAUCACCAAAGGGACAGAACAAGUAUGAACAUUGGUCAACAAACUGUAGGUACUGUUGCUGCAUGUUAGGUCAAUGAGGAGUGAAAGCGCCUAAGAACUAUGGGGAAGAGAAAGUGAAGGAGGGAUGCUGAAUUUGUGUUUUGAUUACCAACAGUUUUUAGAUGUUUUGUUUUCUGUGUAUCUUUUGUACUGAUCCUUCUGUGCAUCUUUUUGUACUGAUCCCCCUUGUAUGAUCUUGUAUUGUGACUUGGUAUUCCUUACUGUGUCUACAUUCUUUUCCCCUCUGGGUUGUUGUUACCUUGACAGAAGAGUUCCUUGGCUCAAGGAAUUAAUUUCUAUCAUUAUUAGCAAAUAUCAAUGGACAAAUUCUUGUUUGUCCUAUCUUUCAUCUUUGGCACAUGAUUGUCUACGUGUGGUGCCUUUGUUUUUAUCCUGUGAUCCUUUUUAUGUUAGGAGAUCUUGCAAGAGGCCUGCUGUUUAUUUGGCUACAUUAGCUUCUUCAUUUUUAGACCAAGUUUGGAUGGAGGGGUACCUUUCUGGAUUGCAA